CACAAAACAAUUCCGAUAUUCUUAAUGUCAAUUUCCAUUUUCACCCGUUGAUACAUCUUUUCGUUUCAACUUGCAAAUUGGCAUAAAACUUGCUUCCUCAGCAUAUUUCAAAGAAUCAGAACAGCCAAUAGCGAAAAUUGGCUCCAAAAUCAAUUUUUUUAAAUAUAACAGCUGGUUUGUGAAAACAUCAACAAUAGAAACCAAAAAUCUAUAAUUGUUUUUUCAUCUUCAUCAUUACGGAUCGAGGAAGAGGAUAACAUCAAAAUGACAUGUAAACCACAAUUGAUGAGUAAAUUUUUAUCAGGACUAACUAUUGCCCUUGGCGGUGGUGCAGGUUUUGUGGCAAUUAAUUUAUACAAGGGAAAUGAAAAAUUUUACAACUCCUUUGUUAUGCCUGUUCUACAUGCAACGUUUGAUGGUGAAUCUGCUCAUCGUCUUGCAAUCAAUAUGGCCAAAUACUCGUUAUUACCAGAUUUUUAUUCAAAAAUGAAAGAUUACAAAAACCUGAAAUCAUCGCUUUGGACCUUGGAAUUCAAUCAUCCUAUCGGGUUGGCUGCAGGUUUUGAUAAAGACGGUGAAGCUGUCCCAGGUCUUUCCAAACUAGGAUUCAGUUUCAUUGAAGUCGGAUCGGUGACACCAAAUCCACAAUCGGGGAAUGAAAAACCAAGAGUUUUUCGUUUGAAAAACGAUGAAGCUAUUAUCAAUAGAUAUGGAUUCAACAGUGCUGGUCAUGAGGCCGUGCGAGAAAAUUUGACCAAAAGUCUUUCAAAUUUGAAACCAACCGUGGUCGGCCUAAAUUUAGGCAAAAAUAAAGCAUCUGUUGACUCUGUCGAUGAUUAUGUUGCUGGAUUGGAGGCUUUUGGAAAUAGUAAAUUUAUUGAUUACUUUGUUAUUAAUAUCUCAAGCCCUAAUACCCCUGGAUUAAGGAAUAUUCAACUCAAAAAUCAUCUUGAGCCAUUUUUGGAUAAAAUCUUACAAACAAAAGCAAAACUUAAAAUAACCAAACCUUUGCUGCUCAAAAUCUCACCAGAUUUAAGUGAGAAAGAGAAAGAAGACAUUGCUGAGUUGGUAAUCAAAUCUCGUCCAAAUGGACUCAAAAUAGAUGGUCUAGUUGUAACCAAUACAACAGUCUCUAGACCUGAUUUAAAAUCUCCGGAAGCUAGUGAGACCGGUGGACUAAGCGGUCAACCAUUGAAAAAUUUGUCAACUCAAAUGAUCCGAGAUAUGCAUUUUUUAACAAAAGGUUCAAUUCCAAUUAUUGGAGCCGGUGGUGUUUCAGAUGGUAAGGAUGCCUAUGAAAAACUUCGAGCUGGUGCAUCUUUAAUCCAGCUUUAUACGGCCUUAACUUACCGAGGACCUUCCUUAGUAUCUACUAUUGUCGAUGAACUAUCUCAUCUUAUCAGUGAAGACGGAUUUUCGUCUAUUGAAGAAAUCAUUGGUAUUGAUGCUGAAAAAGCUACCAAAUAAACUUUAAUCAAGAUAUCUUGGCAUUUGACAAUAACUUUUUACUUUAUUUUAAUAACCUGUACAAAUACUGUGUAGUCCUGCGAUGCUGCAAUUUUUUAUAUAGAAUAUGAAGCCGUUAACAAAAUGUUACAAAAUAUAAAUAUUUCCUCCUUGUAUACUAUUAAAUUCAAAUAAAGUAGCUUUAAAGUUUCUUUUCAUUC